AUGAAAAUGAAAGCUGGUGAAGUUGAAUUCUGUUUACACAAAAAUGACACCACGGGUGCAUUAAAAACACUUGGUGAAAUAAUUCAAGAAUUGAUGUCCAAAAAUGAUUAUGUUCAUGAUGAACAAUUGGAAGACAUGUUAAUAAUGAGUUGUGUUAAACGUAUCAAUAUUAAUUUUAAAGAAAAAAACUAUUACGCUAAUGAAAUGGAAGCUGUAAAAGAAAAUUUUGGUGUACAUUUUAAUACACAAUUAAUAUUUUCAAAAGAAGUACAAAAACCAGUAAAAACUAAAAAAUAA